AUGGACCAACGAAACAAAUCAGGAGUGACUGAAUUUGUAUUGAAUAGUCUUUCAGGUUCUCGAGAGCUCCAGCUUUUCUAUUUUGUCUUUUUUACUCUUUUCUAUUUAUCCAUUGUGUUGGGGAACUGCCUUAUUGUGCUCACUGUCAUCUCUGAAUCUGCAUUACACACGCCCAUGUACUUCCUACUCAGCAAUCUCUCCUUCAUUGAUGUGUGUUUAUCCACCUUUGCCACCCCUAAAAUGAUUGUUGACUUCCUCAUGGAGCACAAGACCAUCUCGUUUGAGGGAUGCAUGGCUCAGAUAUUCUUCCUGCAUGUCUUUGCAGGUGGUGAAAUGAUGCUACUGGUGGCUAUGGCAUAUGACAGGUAUGUAGCCAUAUGUCGACCCCUGCACUAUGCGACCAUCAUGAAUGUGCGUAAGUGCACAGGUCUGGUGGCAGGCUCCUGGAUCAUUGGGAUUCUGCAUUCACUAAGUCAGUUGUCCUUCACUGUGAAUCUUCCAUUCUGUGGCCCUAAUAAAGUGGACAGUUUUUUCUGUGAUCUCCCCCUUGUUAUCAAACUUGCCUGUACGGAAACCUUUACUCUUGAAGUACUUAUGCUUUCAGACAGUGGUCUAAUGGCUACGAGCUCCUUUGUGCUCUUGUUGAUAUCCUAUACAGUCAUCCUAGUUACUGUUCGACGUCGAUCUUCAACAGGCAUGGCCAAAGCUAGGGCCACUCUGACGGCGCACAUCACUGUGGUAACCUUAUUCUUCGGUCCCUGCAUCUUCAUUUAUGCCUGGCCCUUUAGUGACUUCCCAGUGGAUAAGGUUCUCUCAAUAUUUUAUACGGUUUUCACACCUCUCUUAAACCCCUUGAUCUACACCUUAAGAAAUAAGGAGGUUAUAUCAGCAAUGAAAAAAUUAAGGAGUCGACAAGUAAAUACUUAA